CGCAUCUUAACAGAACGCGCAUGCGCGAGAAGUUGACGAGCGAGGGGUCCCUUGUAGAAACGACCGUGAAUUACUGCUAAGCGGGACUUUUAACUUCUACCGCGGCUAAAUAACAUGGACAGCUUUGAGUCCUCUGGAGACAAUUCAAGUUUAACACACCUCGGUUAAGUGAGUAUAAUAUAAGUACUUUUUACGCAUUAGUAUUUGUAUUAGGUAGGCGAAGGUUAACUAGAUACUGUGGAAUAAACAAAAAUAAAAGCUUAAAAUACAAGCAACAAAAUCACUUUGUUUAUAAUAUAUCAGAAUUGUCACAUAUUAUUUGUUUUCUUUUAUACAACAUUGGCUGCUCUAAAUCCCCGUUUUUAAGUAAACCCGUGAACAACACAUGAAGUAUUGGCAAAUUAACCGAUCCGUGUUUUUUCUUGGAAAGAACAGGGUUUUGUUUACAUUUUAGUGUUGCGUUAAGUAUUGAGUUGACGAACGUCCUGUGUCUCAAACUGUUUUAUUCUAAGUUUUAGACUUGUAACUAAUUAUCUGAAGCAAGGAGAGGAUUUAACACCUAUUUUGAUGACAAUAUUUUGUUCCAGAUCACUUUGUCCUUUACUCGAGGGCAUAGUAAAUGAAUGUCUAUGUGAAACAAUAACAAGUUAUGGUGUACCUCAAAUACGUAUGAAAAAAUCAUAUGUUGUUGUUGUGAGUUAUUUGUUCAUUGCUUUUUUAAACCAUCCGUCAAUUUGACAGACUAAUAAAGAGUUUGUUGUGGACACAGUGUCACUGUCUGUAGCAGCUAAUGGCUGCUGGAGAGCUCUGUCUAAUCGAUAAGGAUAUUUCAAGUCUACUAGAGGUCCCACUGAGCCACAGUAUUUCAUCGCUGAAUCUUCACUGUAAUCGCCUCUCUAAGAUUGAGGGCUUGAGGACAGCAUGGCACAUUCGACAUCUGGACCUGUCAUCCAAUCACAUCUAUUGUAUAGAGGGAUUAGCUUCCCUGUCCUCACUGCGUACCUUAAACCUGUCUUGCAACUUAAUCACCAAGGUGGAAGGGCUAAAUGGACUAACAAACCUCAUAAAACUAAAUUUGUCCUACAAUCAAAUAAAUGACCUAACAGGCCUCUUAUAUCUCCAUGGAGCUGAGUACAAACUAAAAUACCUGCAGCUCCACAGCAAUCACUUGGAUAGUAUGAACCAUCUGCUGCAGUGCUUGUUGGGUCUGCAGAAUUUAAAAGAUGUUACUCUUUGCAAGGACGGCUCACAGAAUCCAGUCUGCUCAUUGCCAGGCUACAGGGAGAUAGUUCUGAAAUCUCUGCAUCAAGUCACUACGUUAGAUGGAGUAGAUCGCCUGGGAAAUGCAUUUGCUUUAGCAGAGGACAGUCCCAUGGAUGUUCCUGGUCUUGAGGAUUUUCUCGAGUUUCUAAUUUCAUCAGACAUUAGUGCUAAUGAAGAACUGGCAAAAUCAGAUGCUACUCUCAGUACUCCACGGAUUGAUGAGGUAUUGACCAAGUUUCGACAUCGAGUUGGAAAAUCAACCACAGAAAAUCCAGAAAAUGAGCUACGUAUUAAAAAGCUAGAGCAGCAGGUUUCCCACCUCUUUAAAAAGGUCCCAACAGGGGGUGGCUUUAACACAAGCUCUGCUUUACCUUCUGUGGUACGUAAAGCAAAGCGAGACAUUGAUCAGACAUCAGAGAGUGAAUGUGACAGUGUAAAAGAGAGUCAACAGCGUUCUAGAAUCCCUACUUACCCCAGAGGAGCUGCAGGGAAAAAGAUGACUAAGGACACCAAACCUAAACAAUCUGACUGUUCAACAGCCACACUGAAGAAGAGGUCCUCAAAGCAAGCUGUUGGCACCCGUAGGAGGACCUCAAUCCAGAGCUCUGGGUCUGUGGAAACAGUUGAUUUUGUUAAAAAGGCCCCCCAAACAGUCAGAGCAAGUCCUAAAAAAACCUCAACUCAGUCUCAAGAGGAAACCUACAGGGCAAUAGUAGAAGAGAGAGACCAGGAACGGGAGCGACGCUGGAAAGCAGAGCAGGCUGUGCAGAGGCUUGCAGGGGAGGUUAAAAGCCUACAGACUCAAGCCAGUGAGGAGAAGGAUCUUCAGAGUUUGGCCGUACACACCACAGACAGAUCUCACUCAUUCAUUAGGCUGAAGGAGUUGUUGUUAAAAGAGCGUUCCGAUCGAGCAGGAUUGCAGGCACGUGUGCGGGAAUUGGAGGAGAGAUACAGGUCUAUGUUAGAGCAGCUGGAGCAGGCACACAAACGGGAGGAGCAGCACAAGAGGGCACUGCACAGCCUGGAAGACAGCAUGAGCCAGGCAGAGGCUCACAGGGUACAACAACAUGCAGAAGAGAUGAAAAGGACUCAGGAGUUGGAGAAAAAGGCAUCUGCCUUUAAAAGGGAAAUUGAAAUACUCAGAGCAUCAGCCCGGCAGCACACAGAGAAGCUACAGCAGUUGCAUGAACUGUUGGCCUCCAGGGAGGAGAUGCACAGGAAAGAGCUUGCGUCCCGGCUGCUUCCUGGUGGUACUGAGUUUAAGGAGGCUGUAACCAAAGAGGUGGAGGCUGCAGAGAUGAGAUUUACCCAGAAACAGGCUGAUAUGGAGCAGAAGAUUGCUGAUGCUCGAAAUCAGUAUGCCUCUCUUGAGGAUGAAUUUCGCAUAGCUCUCACUAUUGAGGCAAAGCGUUUCUCAGAGGUAAAAGAGGGGUUUGAUCAAGUGUCUGCCGAACUCCUGGAAGUCAAGUCAAGCCUCAGCCAAUCUCAGCAGAAAGAGAAGCAGUCAGCCACUCUGGUGCAGGAGCUCACAGCCAUGGUGAAGGAGCAGAAAUCUCGAAUAGCUGAGCUCCUCAAAGCCAAACGAGAAGCCAACACUGAGUUCAAGUCCCGUGUACAGUCAUUGGAAUCCAGGCUAGAGGAGGAUAAGCGCCUCAACCUUCAGGUGGAGCUACUGAAGAGGGACAAGUCUAAGCUGCUCUCCCAGCUUACUGCUCAAGAGUCUGUCAUAGAUGGGCUACGGGCAGAGAGGAAGAUCUGGGGCCAGGAGCUUGCACAGCAAGGUGCAUCCUUAUCACAGGACCGAGGUCGACUAGAGGCCAGAAUUGAGGUUUUGUUAACCGAACUGGAAUCGCAGAAGAAACGGAAUGAGAGAGACAAUGACACUCUUAGGAUUAAAGCCAAGAUUGUUGAUGACCAGACAGAGACUAUUCGCAAACUAAAAGAGGCACUGCUGGAGCGAGAUGAGCAGAUCCGUAAUCUUCGUGAUGAGAGUGUGCAGGCCCAGCGAAGGUUUAAGCAGCAGCUGGAGGAAGAAUCAGCUUCUGCAGGGGAGCUCAGAGACACAGUGGAACAACUUAGUAUCAGGAAGGAGGAGCUGAAACAACAGCUACUUGAUAAUGAGGCAGAGCUUAAUGAGGUCAAAGAGACCUACAGGGCUUCAAGUAAGAAAUGGCAGGAAAAGGCAGAGCUAUUGAACAGGCUUGAGAGCCAGGUGAAGCGAAUGAAGGAUGGUUUUGAUUCCAAGGAGAGAGCUCUCAUUGAAGAACGAGACAAAGCUUCACUGGCACACAGAGCGGCAGUGGAGAAGCUUCACUGUGUGGACGAUGCCUUCCGUAGACAACUGGAGUCUCUGCAGGCUUCCCAUCAGGCUGAAUUGCUUAGUCUUGCAAAUGACAAACAGAAACAGAUAGAGAAAGCCAAUCAGAAGGUGCUCCAGGUGGAAGAGGAAAUGCGACAGCUGCUUGAGGAAACUGAGAGUAAUAAAAAGGUAAUGCAGGAGAAAAUGAGACGUCUUACGCAUGUGCUGAAAGACUUCUAACCUAUAGUGGAAAGGUCCACUAUAAAACCAAAAGACAAAAAUACUUGGAGGAUGCCCUUUUUUAAUACAUAAGUCACACGUUUUUGUAACCUAUGAUGAACCUACAGUUCUCCUUCUGGCAGCCAACAUGAACAUGCCAUGAAAUGAUUGUACUUCUGAGUGUCCAGCCAACUGUAUUUACCUUUUUUUUUUUUUAGCUUAAUGUCUCAAAUGACAAAAAUACAAAAUGGCCUUUACUGUGAAACUUGUGUUAUUAGUACAUUUUGAAAUAUUUAUAAUUUGUGCAAAUGAGGACAUCAUGUAAAGCAGUUUUAUGUACAAUUUCCCUUUGCUGUUUUCUCUUUUACAUUUUAUAAUUAAAUUAAUAAACUCAUUGUCAUUUUGUUUCUGUUUGCUAUUUUAAAUUAUUUAACUGUUUUUAGUUUAGUCUCAGAUUACAUAAUAAAAAAGACCUUUACUGUUUUCAGUCAUAAACAUAUUCAUAGUGUAUUUUUUUUACAAGUGAAAGCUGAUUUCUUCAACCAUAAACAUACACAAUCAUGCACUGCACUUUUAUGUAAAAUUGCCUGAGGCUGGCAGCCUGUACCUGUAAAAAAAUUUCAAUUUUAUAAUUAAAU